UGAUACUAACAGAUCCGCUCCCAUAUCAACCUCCAAUCCUAUCGGCCAAGAGGAUGAGAUUCAAAAUGAGCGGUUCUGAUCUGCUGCGCGGUCAUGAAUGGCCUACAAUGGGUCCGGCGCGUAACCCAACCACUGUUUAAGUUUUAGAACAGAAGACUUCCGAGCCCCCCUUGACGCAUAAAAAUGGCGAGGACGAUUAGAAUUUGUAAGAGUCAUGUUAGAAGAGCAGCUCUGGUUUGGUUUCUCUCUGCUCUUCUGUUCUUUCUGCUGUUUCGAAUGGCCGUCCAAUCCUCAUCCCAAAAUGAUCGAUUUACUGAUUCAGAAUCCCCCAGUUUGAAUUCCGAAAGGUCGAAACUGUACGAUAAAAUGGCACGAGAUUUGGAUGAACAUGGAGCGGUUUUCCUUCGAGGCGGAGAAACUUCUCAGUCGUUAUCCAUUUCUGAUAUUUUUUCUCUCAAGGAUGGGGCUGUCACUCCUAUACUUAAGGCUGCAAAUCCUCCUGUUCGAGCUAAUGUUCUAUACAUGAGUCCAGAAUUCUCGGUUCCUAUCUCGCAGGCUGUAAGGGAUGUAUUUCUUCCCUACUUUGAUAAAGCAAUCUGGUUCCAGAACUCUAGUUUAUAUCACUUCAGUAUGUUUCAUGCCUCACAUCAUAUAGAACCUGUUCCUGCUACAAAUGAUGAGAUUGAGGCUGAAGCAAAUGCAGUUAAAGCUGUUGCAGAGACCCUUUGCCCGCUGAAAAUUAUCCUAGAUAGAGUGGUUUUAACUUCAACUGGUGUGCUUGUGGGGUGCUGGCAGGUGAUCUCUGGGACAGAUCCCAUGGUUAUACGUUUAAAACUGAGAGAUAGUCUUCCACGUGCACCUCAAAAGCAACUUUAUGACCCUGCUUUACUUCAUACCUCAUUUGCUCGUCUUCUGGGUCACCCUAAAUUUUCUCCUGAGGAGCUACAAAAGCAUCCUGAUGAACUCCAAUUCUUCCAUGAACUGGUUACCUGCUUAAAUAAUAAAGUUCGUGGAUUCGAGGCCAUUGUUUCCGAGCUCUGGUAUGUGGAGGAAUUUGAUGUGCUAGCACUUGCCUUAAAUGGUAGAAUUAUGGCACGCCGUUUCCAUAUGGGCUGCUAAAAAAUUUGACAAUUUGAGAAAUACAAGAUGAGGCCUCCCCGUAAAAUACAAAUACUUGCGCAAUAUACAAGGUUGGAUUGAGACUUGGUAGGAUGUAUCAACCAUCAAUGUAGCCACAGUUUUUCCCCCCUCCAAGAUUGUAUUGCCUCUGCCUAUGUGAUGGCUGAUAAAGUGAGAAUAGUUGGGGGUUGUUAAUAUCUUUGUUUUUAUUAAAAGAGACUAUUGUAAGAGCACGGGUGCUACUCACGUGUGCAUUUAAAGUAUUAAUCAUAUAUAUGAUAUAUGGCAUUUGGAUUUAA